AUGACAGAUACGGAGGUGUUAGAUUUUCGUUCAGAGUUGGGUGUUAAAAUUACAGGUAAAAAUUGUCCAAAGCCAAUUCAAUCAUGGUCACAAGCAGGUUUAACAGAAAAGAUUCAUUUAAUGCUCAAAAAAUUCCAAUAUGAAAAACCAACACCAAUCCAAUCACAAACAAUUCCAGCCAUUAUGAGUGGUCGUGAUUUAAUAGGUAUAGCAAGAACUGGUUCAGGCAAAACUUUAGCAUUUCUUUUACCAAUGUUCCGUCAUAUUUUAGCACAACCCAAAACUGUACCAGGCGAUGGUAUGAUUGGUUUAAUCAUGUCACCAACCCGUGAAUUGGCACUUCAAAUUUUUAGUGAAUGUAAAAAAUUCACAAAGAAUCUUGGUUUACGUGUUGCUUGUAUUUAUGGUGGUGCUAGUAUUAGUGAACAGAUUGCCGAUCUUAAAAGAGGUGCCGAUAUUGUAGUUUGCACACCAGGUCGUAUGAUUGAUAUUCUAUGUGCAAAUAAUAGACGUAUUACAAAUUUAAGACGUGUUACCUUUUUGGUUUUAGAUGAAGCCGAUCGUAUGUUUGAUAUGGGUUUUGGGCCUCAAAUUAUGUGUGUUAUUGACAACAUUAGACCUGACCGUCAAACAAUUAUGUUUUCUGCCACUUUUCCACCUAAAGUCGAAAAUGCUGCUAAAAAAAUACUCACCAAACCACUUGAAAUUAUCGCAGGUGGUCGUAGUAUUGUAUCAUCAGAUAUCGAUCAACACGUAGAAGUUAGACCAAGCGAAACUCGUUUCAGACGUCUCAUUGAACUAUUAUCGCUUUGGUAUCAUAAAGGUCAAAUUUUAAUUUUUACAAAUCGUCAAGAGACUACCGAUAAUCUUUUCCGUCAAUUGGCAAGCUCACAAUAUCAGUGUUUGUCACUUCAUGGAAGCAAAGAUCAAACCGAUCGUGAUGAAACCAUUACCGACUUUAAGAAUAAGGUUAAAACUAUAUUAAUUGCAACUCCACUUGCUUCAAGAGGUCUAGAUAUUAAGGAUUUAAAUUUGGUUGUAAAUUUUGAUUGUCCAGAUCAUUUAGAAGAUUAUGUUCACAGAGUAGGCAGAACUGGUAGAGCUGGAAAUAAAGGUACUGCAUACACAUUUAUAACUCCCGAGGAAGAAAGAUAUUCACCAAGUAUCAUUAAAGCUUUAGAGCAAUCAGGUUCUAAAGUUCCAGACGAAUUAAAAAAAUUAAAUGAAUCUUAUGAUAGAAAAAGAAAAGAGGGUAAAGAGGUAUUGCUUGCUCCAACAGGUUUUACUGGUAGAGGUCAUAAAUUUGAUGCUGCUGAAGAAAAUAAAAAGAAUAUUGAAAGAAAACAACAAAAAGCUCAUUAUGGUAUUGACGAUGAAGAAGAGGAAGAAAAAGAACCAUUACCAGUUGAUUCACCAACUAAUGUAUCACCAACAACCACAACAACCACUGGUGCAGCUAAUAAUAGUACUGCUACACCAACAGCAUCUGCUACAACAUCAACAACUGCAACAACAACAGGCGGAGUUAUACCACCACCACUUGCUUCAGAUCCAUCAUUACCAGUUGGUCAACAAGCUAUAAAUCAAAUUCUUGGUGCAACUCAAGUGACAUCAUCUGAAGAUGCAAUUAAGGCCGCCCAAUUAGCAGCCUCAUUAGGUAUGAAGCCAGUUAUUAAACCAAUUCAUCCAUCUAUUCCAUUAAAUAUAUCACAUUUCAUUGAAGAAUUAGAAAUUAAUGAUUAUUCACAACAAGCUCGUUGGAAAGUUACUCACAAGGUAUGUAUUUAUUUAAUUUUUAUAUAA